GAGGUAAAGUAAAAGUCGGAGGAUGUUUGUUGUUUCACUUCAUCACAUUGAUUUCCAGGCAGUAACCUACGGAACACGUCAGGUGCAUAAGGUCGACUGCGACUGGAGUUGUUACUUGAGCACAACACUUGAGAUUCGAUCCUGCUGUGCGGAUCAGCUGGUGCAGCAGAGAUGGUGUGAGUCUUGGAGGUGGAUCGCCUUGUAAGUAUGGAGGAGAAGAUGGUGUAAACAAACUGACGAACGUGCUUUGUCAGGGGAGCUGGGCAUUGAUUUGGUACCGGGCCUGGAUGUGGGGAUUAGAUGCUGGCCCUCCAGGUUGCAGGCUGGUCUGUUGGAACUCGGUAUCAUUUGUUUAUGCCUUAAAAUAUCCGGACCUUCCAUGGCAGAUGCAGUCUGCUCCUCGUCGCCGCCUAUGUGGGAACAUUUUGCUGCAGUUAGAAGCUCCUAGGCCCUCUUUCGAACUCUCAGUUUCCACUCCUUGCCUGUCAAGUCCACUAGAGAGAGGUCUGUGUCUGGUCUUCUCUUUGUGUAGGCGGCAUACUGCUCGUGAACAGGCGGCACAUCGCUUGGGAAAAAAGUCUUUCUACAAACAAGGGUCCCGUUUGGUACGAACAGCUGAUCAAGUGUGUCGUGAAGGAAUCGGUUUCUGCUUCCUACUGUGAAUGGGCAGGGAUCUAUGAAGAUUUUGCUGCCGCGAUUGCAGGCAAGACAAGAUGGCGAUCUGGGGGACUAAGCCAACUUGGGAUGUGGAGGAGGCGCUCUUGCCUUCCCAUGCAGAGGGAUCUAAGGAAGUGAUAGAAAGGCCGAAGGACCAAAGAUUAGUGGCCAAGGCUGUCGCUGCCGUGUUGACGGUUUUCUUACUAUCUGGAUGCAUGGUCUCAUUAUACACGCACAGCUAAAGCAGGACUGAGUCACCCCGCUUGGAAGUUCUUUCCCAUCGGCCGACUUAUCCAUUGAAUUUCUUGGUGGUUGGCGAUUGGGGUCGAGAAGGCGCAUACAACCAGACUUUGGUUGCUGAGCAAAUGGGUCGAGUAGGGCACCACCUAGGGAUCGAUUUCGUGAUUUCUGUGGGUGACAAUUUCUACCAAGCUGGGUUGAAAGGCCCCCAUGAUGCAAAGUUUGACAACUCCUCCGAGGUUUACACCGCACGAAGUUUGCAAACACAAUGGUUCGCAGUGUUGGGAAACCACGACUACUUGGGCGAUACAUUGUUGCAAAUUGGGGACCUCCUAACCCAGAAAGACAAGAGGUGGUUUUGUCAGCGAUCCUUUCAACUGAAAUACUCUCUCUGCGACCCUUCGCACCCCGGCAACCUUCUCACACCGACAAAUGCUUUUCAACUGCAGACCUUGUUGUGAUUGGAUUUUGUUCUUGUGACAAGUUUGUGGAAUUCUUCUUCAUCGACACAACGCCUUUCGUAGACAAAUACUGGAGUAAGGAGGAGCACAGAAAAUUCGACUGGAGAGGAAUUGGUGGGCGACAAGAGUAUUUGGACUCCCAACUAGAAACUUUGAACUCAAAAUUGGAGUCAUCUGUAGCAACAUGGAAGAUUGUAGUGGGACAUCAUACGAUAAGCAGUCUUGGUCGCCACGGUGACACCCACGAGCUUGUUCGGCAAGUGCUUCCAAUUCUGGAGAAGCAUAGCGUGGACCUGUACAUAAAUGGCCAUGAUCAUUGCUUGGAGCAUAUUAAACGGCAGGACAGUUCGGUGCAUUUUAUCACGAGUGGAGCAGGUUCCAAGUCAUUUCAGGGGAUCCACGAGGCCACACCUGAAGACGGGCUUCAGUUUGCUAUGGAUGGGCAGGGAUUCAUUUCGGUGUCCAUGGCUGUUCAUGAACUUCGGGUUGAUUUUCACGACGCUCUGGGACACAACCUCCACAAGCUUCAACUAACCAAAUGAAACAAAAUGUCACUCUCACGGUUACGUCAGUUGUAAAUAACUACAGUAUUCAUUAGGAACAAUUAGAUAAGAGUUCCAAUCACAGGUUUCUAUUCUUUGUAUGAUAAUCAGCGCUGCUGAAGACCUCGGAUGUGUAGAAUUUUAAACUUCUACGGUACACACAUUUCUGUGUGUGAGUAUACAAAUACAUAUGUAUAGGAAUGAACUUAUCUCGAAGACUGGUGGUGGAUUUCGACUAUUUUGCUUUGCACAACGCAGUUCACAAAAUCGGGUCUAUAGUCCAGUACCAUACAAGCUUUUCAUGUACAUCAAUUCGAUUUGAUUGGUUGGAGUAAUAUGCAGUCUAACUUACUGUGCUGCAAUUUUCAAAAGC